AUGCCGCGCCAUCUCGCGCACCUCGCCUCCGCCGCGCUCGCGCUCGCGCGCCGGGACGCUCGCCGGCCGCGCCGCUACGAGCCGGUGCUGCAUUCUGACGAUGGCGCCUCCCCGGCGCCGCGUCGCGGAGAGCUCGGGUUCAGCGAGCGCGGAGCGGACGAGCCCGAGGACGGGGACGUGAUAUUCGAGGACACGCCGCUCGGCGGUGCUCCCGCAAAGGCGCACAAGCGCGCCAUCCAGCGCAGGUCCGCUCAGAGCCCCCAUUUUCCCGCAUAUAUGCUCAUGUAG